GGGGGACGCUGCGUAUUUGGAGCCAUAUCUCGUUAUCUUUGACCAGGAGCUGCAGAAGCAUUAUUGUCAGUAUAGACGAGAUCGAUGGGCGGUUGCUGAUAAGCGACGUACAGGUGCAGAGAUGAUCUCGUAGCGUGGCACAGGACUCGACAAUAAGGGAAAAAGAAAUCACACAGAACAAAACAAAGAAAAUCAAGCAACGAAUCGAUCAAGAAACGCUGGAGAAGGACAAAGCUGCGCAGCCGAAGAGAAGCAAAGACAUGGAAAAGGAAGAACGAGUUGCGCCGACAGUAGAGAGUACAAGUAGAGUUCAAGCGGGAGGAAUGCGCCAGGGAGACCAGCGAACAACCACGAGAAAGAGAGAGAACAAAGACCUGCACAAUAAUGCACAACAGAGGAUUAAUUUCAAAACAAAAUUUGAAGCCCCUCAGAGACUUUUGAACCUUUUCAUCGUCGAGGAAAGCUGAGGAGAUCCGCCAGCGUUGCACGUCGCGAGUACGAAGUAAACACCCGGCCGUUGCUGGGGGCAACGCACCGUUUGAUGGCUGGCUAAGUGGGCGUUUUCUGCAAGAUGACUGCAUUCCGGACGGUUACAGCGGAGAAUUUCUGAAUUACUUUCUUAAAAUGGUCUUUCUGCUGUACUUGUAUGCAUGCCUCUUUAUCUUGAUUGGGAUUGAGCCAGUUUUGUGUGUGGUCAUGGCGUCUAUCGGUACCUUGGUACU